UCACUCCUCUCUCCUCUUGUUCACAACCCGGACAGCCUCGCCCGUAGAGUCUCCACAAACCCCAGGCUCAGCUGACGUUAACCAGCCAAGAGCUGCACUGUUUCUGUUUUCUAUCCAUCCCAACGCGAAACCGCGUCAGCGCUCUUUCCGAGGAGGAGAAAAAGCCCUUGCAGUCACAUCGUUUGUCCCGAGAAAACAGGGAGCAAAAGCAUGUCUGCUCAACCCGGCGAGGACUUAGGCUCGGAGGGGAAGUGGUUCGGGGAUGACUACGAGAGGAACGGCCUGUUUGGGAGCACGCCGACCCGUUUUGAUGAGUUUCGUGAAGAAGUGAAGCCGAGAGGCGGAGACGCAGCCAGCGACCUGGAUCAACAAUUUCUCCAUUUGCAGCCGGACGACGGGAAAAGGCCUCCCGUUGCUAUGGAAACUGCAUCUACAGAUGAGUCCAGGUCUGGAUUGUUUAACAAACCCAUGAAUGACGAUGGUGAUGUCUACACUUCGCUGCUGUCCAAUCAGAGCUUCACAGCUGAACGGGAAUCCUCUUACCUGUCUGAUGACCUGAAGCCUUUCAGCCACUCUUCUGGCCCGUCUCCCUUGGAUCAAUUCUCAAGCGACCCGUACAGCUUCAGCUCCAACACCAAGAUGACUUCUAACCCAAUGGAUGACAUGCCAAAACCCCUGCUGGGCUCAGACAAGACAGAAUCAUACAACUACAUGGAUAUCAGCCACGGGGAAGAGCAGCAUGACCAGCACCAGGGGGUCCUGUCCAGCAUGGUGGACAAAAGCCCAGCUAGUCAUGACUUAUUGGGCGGGUACAUGGAUAAAAACCAUGGAAGAGAUGAAGAGGAGGAGGAGGAGGGAGAAAAUCUAGGUCCAGCACUGGACUCUCACUCUUUCCCUUAUGUGGAGGAACCAUCUGAUGAGGACCUGACUGACUACCGCUCCUUCCAUAACCUGGGUGGCACCCCCCAGACGGCCAGCCCUGUGAAGAUCACCCUGACCGAGUCCCAGCCUCCAGCUCCCAAGGUUGAGCUGCAAAAAUAUCCUGAUCCUGCGGUCAGCACAUCUGAACGUGAAAGUGUCCUCAGUGUUGGCUUACAGGGGGUUCCCACGGUGACACUAUCAGAGCCAGAGGAUGACAGCCCAGCCUCCACUCCAAAUGCUUCACCAACACAAAAAGAAUUCCCAUCUGGUGACACGUUCAAGGCUGAAGCAGAGAAGCCUGCCGUCUCCAAAAGCAGUCCAGACAUAAAGCCUGGCAGCAGAGAGCAUGACGGCAGCAGCGCAGAGUCUGAAGACUCGGAGAUCGAGCUGGUGUCUGAAGAGCCUCCCAAGGCCAGUAGCAACCCAUUUGCAGAGCCGCCUAAAAGCAAGGGCACUUCCAGCCAGCCUAACAACCCCUUUGAUAAUCCUCCAGUUGCAAAGGGUGGUUUCAGCCCCGCUGGCAGCCCUGCUCCACCCACAGCCUACAGCAUACUGAGGGAGGAGAGAGAGGCAGAGCUUGAUAGUGAUCUCUUCAUUGAAUCUGCAUCUGAAGAAAGCCCAAAGAGAGAGCAGGGUGCGAGUGGCCCCAAACAGGGAGUCAGCCCACCUUCUCCUCUUGUUCCCACCUCCAUCUCUCCCCGCAGCACCAGUGGAGCAGCGCCCGUUGAGCCCAUGAUCACUGAAAAGGCCAAGAACCCUGUGAAAACAGAAGAAGAUCGUGCCAACAAGCCUAAGCCCCCAACUGCUGCCGUGCCUCCAGAGGUGCGAUCAGAAAAAUCCCCCCAGGAUGACGUGCACAAACCAACCAAUGAGGGCAAAGGAGACUUAGGAAAGCCUGCUGCAUCAGUCUUCGUGCUGGGAUUGAAUAAACAAAAAGCGAUUGAUCUCCUCUACUGGAGGAAUGUGAAGCAGUCAGGUGCCGUGUUCAGCAGCAUGCUCCUGCUCCUCUUCUCCCUGACCCAGUUCAGCGUGGUCAGUGUUGGAGCAUACCUCGCCCUGGCAGCUCUCUCUGCCACCAUCAGCUUCAGGAUCUACAAGUCUGUCCUUCAGGCUGUGCAGAAGACCGAUGAGGGGCAUCCAUUCAAAGCUUACCUGGAGAUUGAAAUCGCUUUAUCUCAGGACCAGAUUUCUAAGUAUGCGGAUAAAAUCCUGUUGUACUCCAACACUUGUAUGAAGGAGCUCCGCAGGCUGUUUCUUGUUCAAGAUCUGGUCGACUCUUUGAAGUUUGCAGUUCUGAUGUGGCUGCUGACUUACGUGGGCGCGCUCUUCAACGGCCUGACACUGCUCAUCUUAGCUGUGGUCUCCAUGUUCACCAUGCCUGUGGUCUAUGAGAAACAUCAGGCACAGAUCGAUCAGUAUGUGGGAUUAAUACGGACCCAGGUCAACUCUGUAGUGGGAAAGAUUCAGGCAAAGAUUCCUGGGGCCAAGAGGAAGGAGGAGUAACUUACCCGGGUCACCGCAAGGCUGACAGUCCAGUCCAGCUCAGAGACAGGCUCACCGCCGAAGGGCCUGUUCGUCAUCUGUGGAGCGUAGUGCUUUGUCAUCUUGGUGUUCUCUAAAAGCAUCUUCUGGAGAAGCCUUCACCUUAUCUAUAACCGUCUAAACACUAACACAGUCGCACAGUAUGUUCAUAAUCCUGUUUCUAGGUAGACAAGUACACGACUGAGAGCCAAAAAAAGAAACAGACUUUUUUUGUGUUGCUUAUUAAUAAGUGCAUGAAGUCGGGCCUUGGGUAAACAAUAUUUGAUAUCUUUUGUGCAGUUUUUAAAAAAAAAAAGAAAAAAAGACCAUGCUAACAUUUUUGCUUUGCAGUGCUUACCACUAAAUGUACGGUUUAGCACAAAAAGGCUGAAUGCCCACAAACAUGCUCCGCUGCAAGUGUUAAUACUGCUUCAUGUUUCUGAGUUAGCAGAAGGGGCUUCUCUGUGUGUUUUCCAUUUUUUAUAUAUAUAUAUAUAUAUAUAUAUAUAUAUAUAUAUAUAUAUAUAUAUAUAUAUAUAUAUAUAUAUAUUAUUUUUGGUGUUUUAAGCACAAUAAUUUACAAUGUGUCUUAGAUGUGGUAACUGUAGGGAUUUUGCUUCUGUAUACCAUAAGGAACAAUACACACGCUCACAUUUAAGUACUGUUGUACAACUACUAUGAAGACGAGGAGUAUCUGGUGAAUAUUUAGCUUGUUUGAAUAACUGUCCAACUUUGUACUAUGUUCAACUAUACUCCGUAGUUCUUUAGACCCUGGACUCUAACUCUUUGCACUCACAGUAUGUAUUUAAUUACAAGAAGAAAAAAAACAACAAUAAAUGUACCUUGAUGUAA